AUGAGAACCGCCGACCAACUACCUCUUGCCAGCGGCCACACGCACCCCAAUCCGCUUGCCUCGCACGCACCCCUCGACAUGAACGGCGCCCACCACCCGGAGCCCGCUGCCUCCUCGCGCCCCAGCACUGCUGCCGCCGCCGAUGCCGCGCCUGCCUCGCCCGUCGACGAACAUGCGCCGCCUGCCCGCCCUGCCUCGAUAGGCCCUCAGUCUGCCCGUCCCAGCAUGUUGCGCGCGAAGAGCGACUUUGGGCCGCGCCAUCCUGCCCUCCCGCCCGAGAGCACCGACGAGGGAAGCGUCGACGGCCACUUCAAGAUCCGCCAUGGCUGGGACGACCAGCUCAACUCGGAGGAGUACAGCAACCUGCUCACCUCAAACUUCUUCAUGUACUACACCGACAAGAAACACGAGACGGGCGGCCACCCCAAGAACCAGGACUGUGCCUUCCCCGUCCAAGAAUGGCGCAUGCGGGACCGCCUCAAGACCGUCUCGGCUGUCCUCGCUCUCUGCCUCAACAUUGGCGUUGAUCCCCCAGACGUCAUCAAGACCAAUCCGUGUGCCAAGGAGGAGUGCUGGAUCGACCCGACGGUUACCUCCCAGACGCCCGGCCACACGCCCAUGAACCAGAUCGGAAAGGCCCUCCAGACCCAGUACGAGCAGCUGAGCAUGCGCACGCGCUACAAACUGCUGCUAGACCCCACAACCGAAGAGACGAGGAAAUACGCGUCAACUCUGCGCCGGAAUGCCCGCAAUGAGCGAGUCUUGUUCCACUACAACGGCCAUGGCGUGCCCAAACCAACGUCUUCCGGCGAGAUCUGGGUCUUUAACAGAAACUACACGCAGUACAUUCCCUUGUCGCUCUACGACUUGCAAUCCUGGAUCGGCGCACCUAGUCUGUUCGUCUAUGACUGCUCCGAUGCUGGCCUCAUCAUCAGCAACUUCAACCGCUUUGCCGAGAAACACCAGGCCGAGUUUGAGGAGGCGCGCCGGAGAGAUCCCAGCGUCGAGCAUGUCGAUUUCAGUGAUUGCAUCCAUCUGGCAGCAUGCAGAGAGCGCGAGUCUCUCCCUACUAACCCCGAGCUGCCUGCUGAUAUCUUCACAUCCUGUCUGACGGACCCCAUAACCAUGGCCGUACGCUUCUUCAUCUUGCAAAAUCCACUCCCGAGCAAGGUCAGCCUACGAGAUGCCCACAAUAUUCCAGGCAAAGUCUCUGAGCGUAGAACGCCUAUUGGUGAGCUGAACUGGAUUUUCACAGCCAUUACCGACACCAUUGCGUGGAACUCUCUCUCCAAACCUCUGUUCAAGAAACUGUUCCGUCAGGACUUGAUGGUUGCUGCUCUAUUCCGCAAUUAUCUUCUUGCACAGCGCGUCAUGCGCGCAUACCACUGCAAUCCCGUCUCCCAUCCCGAGAUCCCCCAAACACACAACCACCCGCUCUGGCGCAGUUGGGACUUGGCCGUUGAGCUGAUCCUGGCUCAGCUGCCGGAUUUGCAGGCCGAAGCACGCGGAGAAAAAGAUUUCAACUACAAACACUCCGACUUCUUCUCUGAACAGCUGACCGCUUUCGAGGUAUACCUGACACAGGGCGCCGUGGAGCAAAAGGUACCGGAACAACUUCCUAUAGUGCUCCAAGUACUACUCAGUCAAGUGCAUCGUCUCCGAGCGUUGAUCCUAUUGUCGAGUUUCUUAGAUCAUGGCCCCUGGGCUGUAAAUCUUGCACUCAGCAUUGGCAUCUUCCCAUACGUCCUCAAGCUACUACAAUCGCAAGCCAAUGAGCUCAAGCCAGUCAUGGUAUUCAUCUGGGCCCGAAUACUUGCCGUCGAUCAGUCCUGCCAAGCCGAUCUUCUCAAGGACAACGGCUAUCAGUACUUCAUCAACAUAUUCAAUCCCAAUUCUGGUAUUCAAGAUUCAAUCCAAAAGACUGCCUGUAUACCUAUUCAGAACGCAAGCGAACACCGCGCAAUGUGUGCCUUCAUAGUCUCCAUGUUCUGCAAAGACUACAACCAAGGACAACGUGCUUCACUAAGCACAGAGCUUGUAGAGAGCUGCUUGGAUCAUCUCAAAGAUAUGCAGAACCCGUUGCUCAGGCAAUGGUCGUGCCUUUGUCUGAGCAAGCUCUGGGUCAACUACGAAGAAGCCAAGUGGGUCGGCAUACGGUGCAUGGCACAUGAACGACUUUGCGAGCUAAUCGUGGACCCCGUUGCUGAGGUACGGGCAGCAAUGCUGCAUGCAUUGGCGUCCUUCCUUGGUAUCCGCGAUGUUACCCCACAGGUGGCCAACAUCGAAGAGUCCAUCGCGUCUAUGAUCCUCAUUAUGACCAUGGACGGUAAUAGUAUGGUGCGCAAAGAGCUUCUCAUCUUUUUCUCAACGUUCGUUGCCCGCUACAAGACCCGGUUCAUCGUUGCCGCAUUCGAGCAACUAUCGGAGGAUUACGCCAACUCAGACACAAAGCAAUCUGAUGACAAGAACCCCGAUGCGCUCCACAUGAAAGCACGUACAGGAGCUACGGGCAGUGCUUCCGAAUCGACGUCUUGUUCGCAAAAUACCAUAUACUCUGCCAUUUGGAAAGAGUUGCUGGUCAUGUCAGUCGAUCCGCAUCCGGAGAUCGCAAAAGACGCUGGAAUUGUUGUUGAUUACAUCCUGAUAUCACUUAUCGAGUCGUCUCUAGCCAAGUUUGUACAGCCCCAACUAGACGAAGCUCUCCAAAACGCGCCAGCUCCUCGACCCAUGCGCCGUGCAGUAGAAGUGACUUCUGCGCCGCAAAAAGCCUCGAAUCCCCCAACACCGACCAAAGACUCAACCUACUUGUCACUCUUCGGUGGCAUCCGAAAGUCCACGAGUGUCGGUGCUUCGCUGAAGAAUCUCUGGGCUGGCCAAGAUUCAGCAAGCCCUCGACAGAAAUCUUCAGGGAGAUCUGCUGCCGAUGAUGCCCACACUCCCGCGGUCUCUCGCCCCCAGACACCUGAAAAGUAUCAUACCGUAGAGCAGCCAACCUCACGAGGGUUCAAGAACAGGAACUUGACGGAGAAACCAGAAAUCCCACUUAAGAGUGUAUUCUUCGAAUGGUCCGUAGAGUACUUCCGCGAACCUCAGAUGAAGCCCACAGAAGCCGACGAACCAGGAAGUACCGACUAUAAUGGCAGACUCUGGCGGAGGAACCGUAACGACAGGAUCAUUGCCGAGACUCAGCCGUUGAAGGACAUUGCCGUUUCCAAUCGUUGGGACGUGCCACGAGGAUAUUUCGACAACCUCAGCCAACCUGCCAAGAUGUGUUUCCACCAGUUUGAGGACCAUCUCGUAGUGACAGAUACACGGGAUACUGUCAAUAUUUUCGACUACUCAAAGUCGGUCAACAGAAUCAAUUCUUUCUCUAACGGGAACCCUCCCGAGUCGAGAAUAACGGACGUGCGAUUCAUCAACGAGGACGACCAGGCACUACUAAUGACAGGAUCCUCGGAUGGUGUAAUCAAGAUAUUCCGCAAUUACGACCGUAAAGGAGAGACAGAACUAGUGACAGGAUUCCGCGCGCUUACUGAUCUUGUUUCAAGUAACAAGAACGCCGGUCUGGUAUUCGAUUGGCAGCAAGGAAGAGGUCUCAUCCUAGUUGCUGGCGACGUGAAGGUCAUUCGCGUGUGGAACGCUGGGACCGAAGUAUGCACCAAUGACCUUCCCGCACGAUCCGGUUCUUGUAUUACAUCCUUAACCUCUGAUCAAGUCGAGGGAGAUGUCUUUGUUGCUGGUUUUGGUGAUGGUGCCAUCCGAGUAUACGAUCAACGCCAAAAGCCCGCCACCGCCAUGGUCAAGGUCUGGAAAGAGCACAAGCAAUGGAUCACCAACGUUCACCUGCAGCGUGGUGGACAGCGUGAACUUGUGAGCGGCUGCCGUGGCGGUGAGGUCAAGCUGUGGGACAUACGCUGGGAUCGAAGCGUAAAGACUAUCCAAGCAACUUCCGACACCCUACGAACACUCAGCGUUCAUGAACAUGCUCCCGUUUUUGCCACUGGCACGCAACGGCAUCGUGUGAAGAUCUUCAACAUCAACAACGGCCAGCCUGUGUCGCACCUUGAGCCCUAUUCGGGUUUCCUUCGCGAUCGAUCUGCCCCUAUCUCGGUCACUGCAUUUCACCCUCAUCGACUGAUGAUUGCUGCGGCGGCUGCCAACGACACUCACGUCAACAUAUUCUCAUGUCACGAACCAAAGCAUUCAGCUGUCAAGACAGUGAAACUUUGGGAUGGGAACGCGAGCGCGUCGACCUCCAGUCGAACGUCCAUCGUUGGCUGA